AUGAAGUUCGACUCAUGCACACUCGACGCCGAGUAUCCAGUUUACGGUGCUCAGUUUCUAGAUAAUUCUAAUCUUUUAAUCGCUGGAGGAGGUGGUGAAGGGAAAAACGGUAUCCCUAACAUGUUGAAUACUUUAAAAAUUUCAGAAACUAAUGUUGAAAAUCCCAACGACCAUACGUUAACAUUAACGAAGGUCACUGGAUUCGAAUUAGAAGCGGAAGAUGACUCUCCUACUGCACUGGAUGCUCAUUCAGGAGUAAUACUUUUAGGUUGUAAUGAAAAUAGUAACAAAAUUCAAGAAGGUAAAGGUAAUAAACAUAUUAGAAAAUUUGUUUAUAAUAAUAUUAAUUCUAAAUACGAGCUGGAAUUUGUUAAAGCUAUUGAUUUUGAUAAAAGUAAAGAUCCAAGUGAAUAUACUAAAUUAAUCAAUAUAACAAAGGAUGGUACGCUGACAGCGAUUGCAUCUUCCGAUGAACCUACAAAAUUAAGAAUCAUUCAUGCUAAUGAUAUGACAGAAAUAUUUGAAAUUCAAAGUUCUUUAGAAAUUAAAGACUUACAAUUUUCUCCAAACGGAAAGUUAAUCACAUACAUUACAAAGAAUUCUUUAGAAAUGAUCUCAACUGUCACUGGAAAAUGUGUUGCACGUAAUGUUAAUUUUGAUCCUAAUUUGAAUCUAUCCAAGAUUAGAUUUAUUGACAAUGAUACAAUUGUGAUUGCGGCAUCAUUUAUAAAAGGUACUGGUAUAGUAUUGACUGCGGUCGAUAUAAAGAGUGGGAAAGCAACCAUAACUAAAUCAAAACUUUUAAGUAAAAAAUUCAAAGGUAUUACUUCUAUGGAUGUAGAUUCAAAGGGCCAAUUAGGUGUGAUUUCGACGAACGAUAAUUCUUUGAUUUUGAUUAAAUUAGGUAAUUUACAAAUGGGUAAAUUAAUCAAACAAGUUCACAAUUUCGCUAUCACCAAAGUAACUAUCUCGCCUGAUUCUCAUUACAUUGCUAGUGUUUCUGCUGCUAAUACUGUAAAUGUUAUUUCUGUCCCACAAGGAUAUGCAUUAUCCCUAUCUAAAUCAGAAAUUGCUUAUAAAGUAUUUACUAGGUUCAUUCUUAUUGUAUUAUUUACCAUAUUAUUGCAACGUAUUAUUGAAAACAACUUGCAUUCUAAAUUCAUGAAAUAUUUAUCUGAUUUAAAUGAAAAAAGAAACAAGAAUAAUAAUACUCAAGCAAAUUAUUUUAUUCAAACAACCUUAGUUGGGAAACAUACAAGCAUUGACGAUGCGAUACCAACUGAGACGUUGAAUCAAUAA